UCUCAACUUACAACCUCGAGCCGAGUAGUCGAGUUUAUCUUGUGCUGCUCGCAAGAGUUCAGUAAGCAUUUGAAGGGAGCAAAGAAAAUUGUUACUUGGGAAUAAAAUAGAGAAAAAGAUCGACUGUCGAACGGUGGAUUUCGGAUAGAUUGUCGGAAAUUUUUGUUCAGAAAAAGGAGAAGAAAAGAAAGAAAGAAAAGGUCAUCAAGAAGAAAACAAUAAAACCGAAUUCUAAAUCGAAUGAAAAUGGACCUGCCCGAAACACGUGGCGUCGUCCUUUCCGGCACGGAAUUGGCAAAAGAAAUCCGCAACGCCUUAACCGAAGAUGUAAAAGCCAUGCGAUCCAAGCUACCGAAAUUCGCACCUGGUUUAUCAAUCGUCCAAGUUGGCGGGAGGGAAGAUUCGAACGUUUACAUACGUAUGAAAAUAAAAGCAGCGAGUGAAAUCGGGAUCCAUGCGAAUCACGUUAAAUUACCGAACACAACUACCGAAACGGAAUUAAUCAAUCACGUAAACAAACUUAACGACGAUCCAAAUGUUCAUGGGAUAAUUGUUCAAAUGCCCCUCGAUUCCGUCAACAAAAUCGACUCUCAUGUAAUCACCGACACCGUUUCACCCGCGAAAGACGUCGACGGAUUGAACACAAUAAAUGAGGGUCGCGUGGCGAUCGGAGAUAUGAGUGGAUUUUUACCCUGCACUCCGAACGGUUGCAUCGAGCUAAUCAAAAAGAGCGGAGUUCCAAUAUCGGGAGCAACGGCAGUGGUUUUAGGGCGAAGCAAAAUAGUUGGAACGCCGGUAGCAGAGCUACUGAAAUGGCAGAAUGCGACGGUGACGGUUUGCCACUCGAGGACCAAGGAUCUACCCAAAGUUGUUUCUCAGGCAGACAUUCUUGUCGUUGGCAUAGGUCAGCCAGAAAUGGUCAAAGGGUCGUGGAUAAAACCUGGCGCAGUUGUUAUCGACUGCGGCAUAAACAGUAUACCAGACUCCACGAAGAAGAGCGGUCAACGACUGGUAGGAGACGUCGCGUACGAAGAGGCGUCCAAAGUGGCGUCGUACAUAACACCAGUGCCAGGCGGAGUGGGUCCCAUGACAGUUGCGAUGCUGAUGAAAAACACGGUGAUAUCGGCGCUUCGAUCCGCAGAGAAACUGCUCAGUUCAGCGUGGAGCUUCAAGGCGCUACCGUUGAAGAGAGUCGAGCCGAUACCUAACGAUAUAACGAUAUCGAGGAGCCAAGAGCCGAAGAACAUUGGAGUAUUGGCGGAGGAGAUUGGUCUUAGUCCGAGCGAGUACAGCCUCUACGGCAACAAGAAGGCAAAGAUAAGCCUGCGAGUUCUCGACCGCCUGAAGAGCCAGAAGAACGGAAAGUACGUAGUGGUCGCUGGCAUAACUCCGACUCCGCUGGGCGAAGGCAAGAGCACGACGACUCUCGGCCUCGUCCAGGCUCUCUCGGCACACAAGGGAAAAAACUCGUUCGCUACGCUUCGUCAGCCAAGCCAGGGUCCGACGUUCGGAGUGAAAGGAGGAGCGGCGGGCGGGGGAUACUCGCAGGUGAUACCGAUGGAGGAAUUCAACCUCCACUUAACCGGUGACAUCCACGCGGUCGGUGCUGCGAACAAUCUUUUGGCGGCGCAGAUAGACGCCAGAUAUUUCCACGAGAGUACGCAAUCGGAUAAAGCCCUUUUCGACAGGCUUGUACCGACCGUUAAGGGAGAGAGAAAGUUCUCAAAGAUUCAACUGCGCAGGCUCGAGAAAAUUGGGAUCAAGAAGACAGAUCCUAACUCGCUGACUGAGGAGGAACAAAGGCGAUUCGCAAGGCUGGAUAUCGAUCCUGAAAAUAUCACUUGGACCAGAGUCGUCGAUCUGAACGAUCGAUUCCUCCGUAAGAUAACGAUAGGUCAAAGUCCCACCGAGAAGGGAAAGAGCAGAGAGACGUCCUUCUGCAUAUCGGUUGGCUCGGAGAUAAUGGCUAUUCUAGCGCUCUCGACCAGUGUCGAGGACAUGAAGAAUCGUCUGGCAAACAUCGUGGUCGGUUUCAGCAAGAGCGGAGAGCCUCUCACCGCCGACGACUUUGGAGCCACUGGUGCAAUGGCCGUCCUGCUGAAGGAUGCCAUCGAGCCAACGUUGAUGCAGUCGAUAGAAGGAACACCAGUGCUGGUGCACGCUGGACCGUUUGCAAACAUAGCGCACGGCUGUUCGUCGAUAAUAGCAGAUGCAAUUGGACUGAAGCUUGUCGGCUCCGAUGGAUUUGUGGUGACGGAAGCUGGCUUCGGCUCGGACAUUGGGAUGGAGAAAUUCUUCGACAUAAAGUGCCGCACCUCGGGACACGUCCCUAACGCUGUUGUACUGGUCACGACUGUCAGGGCUCUGAAAAUGCACGGAGGAGGUCCUGCGGUCACUCCAGGAGCGCCGCUCAAGCCGCAAUACGUUACGGAGAAUAUCGAUCUGAUCAAGAAGGGCUUGCCUAAUCUCAUAAAGCACAUCAGCAAUGGAACAAAGUUUGGAAUUCCUGUUGUAGUAGCGAUCAACAGUCACGCGACCGACACAGAAUCUGAAUUGAAUUUGAUCAAGGAAGCCGCUUUGAUUGCCGGAGCUUUUGAUGCAGUGAUUUGCACUCACUGGGCAAAAGGAGGAGAAGGCGCUCUAGAAUUGGCCGACGCGGUCAUUGCUGCCACUAAAAAACCGACUCGUGACUUCAAGCUACUGUACAAUCUCAACACUGGAAUCGAAGAGAAGAUAAAUAUCAUUGCGAAAGAAAUGUAUGGCGCUGGACAAGUCGUUCUAGUUGAUAAGGUGAAGCAGAAAAUUGAAGAGUACACCAAACUUGGCUAUGACAAGCUACCGUUGUGCAUGGCUAAAACAUCGAACUCUCUUACCGGCGACGCUGCAAUAAAGGGAGCUCCGACUGGAUUCACCUUGGAGAUAACAGAUAUAUUCGUAUCGGUUGGUGCAGGAUUUGUUGUCCCUAUGGUGGGCGAGAUCAUGAGGAUGCCCGGUUUACCGACUAGACCCAGUAUCUAUGACAUGGAUUGGAACGGGGAAACGGACGAGAUAGAAGGGUUGUUUUAAUCGCGAACCGAUACUCAAACACAGCGUGAUAUGUUAAGCCAUUCCUUGUUUUUCUUCUAUACACAUUCACGUGGUUGAACACUUGAAUGGAAUUUAGCAUGCAUAUUCAACAUAUGUAAUAUAUCGCAGAGAGGAUACAUCAUUCGAUUUUUGCAUACUUAUUGUCUCACGCUCAUUAUUUUUCUAAAGAUAUACAAUAUCUACUUGUUGUUUAUAUUAAUCUAAACGCACGUUAAGUGCUCAUUUGUUGAUGUUUAUUAAAUACUUUUCUCAUUAUA